GUCAGAUCACUUCAUUUCUGGCUGCCAGAGGAGACAUGGCGGAGGAGAAGGAGCACACAGCGUCCUCUUUUGAGGACCAGCCACCAGCUUAUGAUUCACCUGAGCCUCACGUGGAGGACGGAGCUGUGCUGAAUGGCAAAACAGAGGAGGAUGAGCCUGGUACCAACGAUCAGGCAGUGAAAAUAAGCCCGGACCUGCUGCGGAUGCUGAAGGCGGCAGAGAGCAGGAGGGCUUCUGAGGGUCAGGACAGAGACAACACAGAGACAUCUGGGACAGAUGAGCAGGUCACUGAGGCUCUGAAGACUGACAUGCAAAUACAGUUCAGUGACCAGAAAAAGGAAUUCAACAAACUUCCCACCAAGACAGCCCGUCGCUCUCUGUCUCGCUCCAUCUCACAGUCGUCUACUGAUAGCUUCAGUUCAGUGGGCAGUGAAAGCUCAGAGGACGUGUCUUCUCCAAAAGACAGGAUACAGAAGAAUUCCAAGGGCCUUUCUGACUUCUGCAUCAAAAACAUCAAGCAGGCGGAUUUUGGACGCAGAGAGAUAGAAAUCGCUCUGCAAGAAAUGCCAGCGCUGAUGGUCCUGAGGAAAAGAGCAGGUGACGAGAAACCUCUGGCUGGAGCCAAAGUUGUGGGCUGCACACACAUCACUGCCCAGACAGCGGUGUUGAUUGAGACUCUGUGUGUGUUGGGAGCUCAGUGUCGCUGGGCAGCUUGUAACAUCUUCUCCACCCAGAACGCUGUUGCUGCUGCUCUGGCUGAAGGAGGUGUCUCUGUGUUUGCAUGGAGAGGAGAAUCAGAGGACGACUUCUGGUGGUGCAUUGACCAAUGUGUUGGUGCUAAGAACUGGCAGCCCAACAUGAUUCUGGAUGAUGGAGGUGACUUGACCCACUGGAUCUAUAAGAAGUACCCGAGUGUAUUCAAAAGGAUCAAAGGCAUCGUGGAGGAGAGUGUGACCGGCGUCCAUCGCUUGUACCAGCUGUCAAAGGCCGGCAAACUGUGUGUACCAGCCAUUAAUGUGAACGACUCAGUGACCAAGCAGAAAUUUGACAACCUGUACUGCUGCAAGGAGUCCUUACUGGACGGGUUAAAGCGAACUACUGACAUCAUGUUUGGAGGAAAACAGGUGGUGGUGUGUGGGUAUGGUGAGGUUGGCAAAGGUUGCUGCACUGCUGUUAAAGCACUAGGUGCCAUCGUGUACGUCACAGAAGUGGAUCCUAUUUGUGCCCUCCAGGCCUGCAUGGACGGCUUCAGAGUGAUUAAACUGAGCGAUGUGAUCAGAAACGUGGACAUGGUCAUCACCUGUACAGGCAAUAAAAACGUGGUGAGGAGGGAACAUCUGGACAGAACGAAAAAUGGCUGCAUCAUCUGCAACAUGGGACACUCCAACUCUGAGAUAGAUUUGGUGAGUUUGCAGACGGCAGAGUUGAGGUGGGAGCGUGUGCGGCCUCACGUGGACCACGUCGUCUGGCCUGAUGGCAGGAGAAUCGUCCUGCUGGCCAAGGGUCGUUUGCUGAACCUGAGCUGCUCCACAGUUCCCUCGUGUGUCCUUUCCAUCACUGCGACAACUCAGGCUCUGGCUCUUAUAGAGCUGCACAACGCUCCACAAGGACGAUACAAACAAGAUGUCUACCUGCUGCCAAAGAAGAUGGAUGAAUACGUGGCCGGCCUUCACCUGGCCACAUUUGACGGUCACCUCACUGAACUGACCGACGAUCAGGCCAAGUACCUGGGCAUCAGCAAACAGGGGCCCUUUAAACCCACAUACUACAGGUAUUAAGUUAUGGACAUAAACGUGAAGAACAGAAGCUCCUCAGAUGUGACAUCAUCCUGUCCACGGAGCACUGGCGCCCCCUACAGUCUGAACACCGCUGAGCUGUAACAGUGCUGGACUUUCUGAAAAAGACUGCCUUUCUUUUUCUGUGUAUGUGCAUCUGUAUCUGUUUCACGUGUCACAAUCGUCCUGGUUUUGCAAUAAACGUCUAGAAUGUGAUUGUUGCGAUUCCAGAACUGACUGAAGUAUGACAAAUAACAUCGUCAGAGAAACAGCAGUCAGUAACAUAGAUAUAAGUAUCAGCUGAUUAUCUGUUGAUUAUUUGCCAUUAAGGAAGAAAUGCAUCUAGAAACCUACCAUGGUUUAAUAUCUAAGUCCUAUAAUCCUGAUUGAAUUUAUUUUAAUUCACUUUAAAUUACAUACUACAUGUAUUAAGGAAGAGAAUUGUAUUGGGUCAUUAUAAAUAAAACAAUCUUUUUCAAAGUC